GAGGCCACUUCAUAUCUGGCACUAUGUUCCGCAAGCACUACAGCGAUCUCUUGGACAUGUUAAAGAUGCUUAGGAGCUCUAUCCCUUUGAGGGGCGAGUUUGUUCAAGCCUAUUUUGGUGCAUAUUUGAUUAGCUAUGUCCGUCCCCAAAGACCAUGGUCAACUGAGCUGAUCCCAUUGGAGAUCCCGCCAUCGGUGCAGUCCAGCUACUCCGAGGUGCUGGAUGAGUGUCGUGGACGAGGAGCUCAAAACUUUGUAAAAGUUUUAGGCCGAAUGCGGCGUUUGCUAUCGCUGUCCCUGCAGCAAGAUGCCAGACCUCUGAGUGAGGCAGUUUGGCGGACCGUGCAGGAGCUGCGAGCUAAAGGCCACAGGCCCUUGGUCUUUGCAUCAACAGAGCGGGAGGCGGAAGCUUUGGUGCGACAUAUCGCGUGCGCCAGACGCUUCAGGAAAAGCCAUCCUCAGCAUUGCAAAGGCUGCGAUCUGUGCCGAAACUUCAACAAGUUUGCUCAGCCAGGAGCCCAGAACAUGCCCCCAAUCGAAGGUACGGAAUCUGACCAAGAGCUACUGGUCUUUACCGUGGCUGCUGACUCGGCUGGAUUGAAUCUGCAAUCCCUGGGAGAUGCGUUGGUCCUUCGACCCGUGCAGAUGGAUCAGCUCGUCCAGAUGAUGGGUCGCUUGGACAGGCCUGGGCAAACAUCUCACAAGCUUUGUCGUGCGAUCCUAUACAUGAAACGCACUCAUGAGGAAGCGGAAGUGGCCCACCUCCAAAAACAUGCAGCUUUCUGGAGUCUUCACAUCAAGCCAGUGGCGCGACUUAUUGUGAUGGCGACUGACUCAGAGGACGUGAGUGGGAAGUACCAGGAGCUGCUGGAGCUGGAGAGCAAGAAUCGGAAUGCCGCAGCUCCCGAAAACGUCAGCAAUGAACAAGCCACUCACAAACAAGCAGAGAUGUGGCCGCACUCUUUUCAGUUUCAAAAGCGGAGCUGGGGAAUUUCAGAGGCAGAGGCAGCUUCAAAGCAGCGAAAAGUGGAGUCUCCAAUCAAGAACCAUGUGUUUCAACAGAUUCAAAGUUCUACUCCGGUCGCCAUCAAUUUGGAGAUGCCCUCAUUCCCAGAUCUUCCCAAAGUGAUGACACGGCAAAGUGUGCAGCUGGGGGUGGGAUACCUCAUUGAGAAUGACGACCGGUUCAGGCACGUUGUGCAGCUGAUUGGUCCACCAACUGCCAUCCUAGAGCUGCUAGGCAAGGGAAGGCCGGACCCUUUUACAACCUUGGUGCAGACCGUAUGCCACCAGCAGCUCAGCGUGAAGGUUUGCCAAGGGAUGUUUCAGCGCUUGCUUGGCCUGUGUGGUGACCGAGACAACAAAAUUCUUCAUCCACAAAGAGUGGUAGCAGAAUCGCCUGACAAGAUUCGAGAAGUGGCGAAACUUUCAUACAGGAAGAUCCAGUACAUUCAGAAGAUCGCGGCAAGAUUCCUGGAUGGCACGCUCAACACCGAAGUUUUUGAAGAGGCAUCUGAUCAAGAACUGCGCGAGCGCAUGACACAGCUUCCGGGCAUUGGAGAGUGGACGCUGGAGAUGUUCCUGAUUUUCCAACUGCAUCGCCAUGGAGGAAUCCCCUUCGGCGAUGUGGCCAUCCAGAGUGCCAUGAAACUGAUCUACAACAUUGUGCCACCUGCAGAUGUCACAGCCAAGAACGAGGUCUCAUGGAUGCCCAGCCGGGCUCAGAUGGAAGCCUUUGCGCUGCGCUGGGGUCCCUUCGGCAGCAUCGCAUCGCUCUACUUGCUGCGAGUGGCGGACAACGUGAACGCCAUUUUUCUGCCAGAUUGAUUCCUUGGCAUCUACCCUCUGGUAAUUUAAC